AUGUAGCAUCAGAUUGUUGUUUCUCCUACUCGAAUUCCAUAACAGGUGAAACCUUUCACUUCCAAAAAUACUUUAAUUUCCCCUCAACGUUUCCCUAAUAGAAAAAUCUCUCAAGGACUCAUUGAAGAUUUUGUUGUUAAAUCAAACUAUAUUACAAAACCUAAUUAUGGCAGUUUAACAGAUAGAGUCAAUAGUUUGCAAAAAUCUUAAAAAUCUUUAUCUAAAGAUAAGUUUGGAUCUUCUACUAAGUAACUUAGAAUACAAAAUGACAAUUUCUUUUAAUUAACUCGAGGAGUUAAUCUCCUUUAAACUCAAAAAAAUAAAAACUUUCAAAAUUACAAUAAUUAAUAGCUUAAACCUAUUUAAGGUUCUAUGACAAGGAGAAAUAAUAGUAUAGAAGAGCUUAUUGCUACUACAGUUUAAACUGGACUUACUAAAUCUUCGUCUCAAGAUUAAAUAACUACUUAAGAAAUUUCUAUCAAUCUUCAUGUAGGUUAAGAUUAAGCUUAAAAUUAUAGAUUUCCAUCUAAUAUUUCAACUGAUUAAUUUGUUUCCAUGAUAAAAUUAAAAAUAAAUAAUAAUGACAUUAUAGCAUUCUAAUCUCUAGACGACAAUUUAUAAUUAGACUAUUACAUUUCAUUACCUAAUUUGCCUAUGGAUUUAUUUGUAAAUAAAACCAUAAGAUUAAAACCAAUAUCAAGCACGACAAACAUUAUAAAUUCAAAAGUUAACUUAAAUUCAUUUUAAUUUAUUUCUGUCAUUGGAAGAGGAGGAUUCUCAACAGUUGUAUCAGCAAGAUCAUUAAUAGAUGGUAAAUUUGUAGCAUUGAAAUUAAUUAACAAACAAUUUAUAUAACAGAAUUAAAAGUAAGACUUAAUUUAGAAUGAAAGAGAUAUCUUAAUUUAAACAACUUAAAAAGGAGCCAUAUUUACAAAUAAAAUAGAAUAUGCAUUUGAAACAAAAAAUUGGAUAGUAUUUUGUAUAGAUUAUUGUCCUGGUGGCGAAUUGUUUAAUUAUAUUAAAAAGCUUCAAAAAUUAUCUGAAUAGCAAGCAAGAUUCUAUUUAAUUGAAGUAAUAUUGGCAAUUGGUUUUUUGCAUAAUGAAUAAAUAAUAUAUAGAGAUAUUAAGCCUGAAAAUAUUUUAAUUGAUUCAAAAGGACAUAUAUAAUUGGCAGAUUUUGGGUUAGCAAGACCUCAUAUGAAGAAAGAGAGUUGUGCUUAUUCAUUUUGUGGUUCCCCUGAAUAUAUGGCUCCAGAAAUGUUUUAGAAUUCUGGACAUACUUAAUUAUUAGAUUAUUAUUGUUUAGGAUGUCUAUUAUAUGAAUUAGUUACAGGGCUUCCUCCUUUUUAUGCUGAUGAUUAAAAUAUUAUAUACAAAAGGUUACUUAAAGAAUAAGUUGAAUUCCCAGAAUUUUUAAGUACAGAUAUUAAAGAUUUAAUAAGAUAAUUAAUGAUAAAAGAUCCAUCCAAAAGAUUAGGAGCAAAAAAUGGAAUUGAUGAUAUUCUUUAACAUAAAUGGUUUAAGAAUAUAGAUGUUGUUUAAUUUAUAAAUAAAUAAGUCAAACCUCCUUAUAUUCCUGAUCUUUUUAAAUUGAAUUUUAAAUCAAUGAAUCAAAAUGAUAAAAAUUUUCUAGAAUAAAUUUAAAAAGAACAAAAACAAAACUUAAUAUUUUAACCAAUGUUCUCUGGUUCAUUUUAUUUCUCAAAAUAUGGAGAAAAAGACAGUAAUAUAUUAAUUUCAAAAAGUACGAUGGAAAAUUUAGUUAAAAAAUCCUUAGUUAAUAAAUAAGGUUUAACAAAUCUUUAGUUACAAACAAACUUUGAAAAUCUUCUUAAAUAAACAUUUACUAAUAAUAAAUCAAAACCUAACUCUAGAAAUAAGUAGCAACAAUAUUUUUGA